GUUAAUCUUAGGCUCUAUUACUUCUUGUUUUCGUCCAAUUGCCCAACAUGGUCAAAUCUUUCUCAUUCGUGGCCGCAGUAGCUCUGCUAUCUGCUCCCUUCGCCAGUUCUCACUAUAUCCUGAACAUUCUUAUGCACAAUGGCAAGCAAGUUGGAGGGGAAUACACUUACGUUCGAAGGAACACCAACUCCUAUAUGCCCUCUUUCACGGAGAUCAUUGACUCGAAUGAUCUAAGGUGCAACAAGGGUGCAACGAGCGCUGGAACGAAAACCUACAUGGAUGUCAAGGCAGGCGAUAAAAUUGGUCUCAAGUUGUUCAACAAUGAAUUCAUCGAGCACCCUGGCCCCGGGUUUUUCUACAUGUCCAAGGCUCCAGGCAACGUGAGUGAUUACGAUGGAUCUGGAGACUGGUUCAAAGUAUGGGAGUCUGGCCCGACUGGAAACCCCACUUCUACUGGUGGAUGGCCAACUUACGGAAAGUAUACGAUGGAGUUUACACUACCCAAAAAUAUAGAGGACGGCGAGUAUCUGCUUCGUGGGGAGCACAUUGGUAUUCACGAGAACCAUGUUGGAAAGCCACAGCUAUACAUGGAAUGCGCACAAAUCCGCAUCACUGGCGGCACCGGCCCGGUCAAGCCAUCUCCAGUCUCUAAGAUCCCGGGCAUUUAUAAAAAGAAUGACCCCGGUCUAACAUUCAACUUCUGGGGCGGAAAAGGUGCUUAUGUCAUGCCUGGACCUGCUGUUGCCAAGUUCUAAGGGCUUCAACUCCGUACCUAAAGAUCUCCGUGAAAUUCUCAAAAGAAUGGAACGUAGAUCGUUGUCCCGAGAACAGGCAGUUCACGCUAAUAGAGCAUGACAAGCUUUUGUGAUCGUUUGUCUACCUCAAUUAUACGUAGCCAAACUAGAUAUGGUCAACUAUACUUUAGUUGGGUAAUCUAAUGUAUGCUCUUGUGCUCUCCCUACUACGCCUAUAUUUCUCCAGUCCCGGCCCAAACUUAGGCAGUCAAAAAUCUUUCUGAUAUUUUAU